AUGGCGCUUUCCGAAGCAACCAAAGAAGCAGUAUGGCUCAAAGUGCUUUUGGGGGAACUUGGUGAGAUGACAAGCGACGAAGCGAUCAAGAUGUAUGAAGACAACCAAGGAUCAAUCGCUCUCGCCAAGAACCCGGAGUUCCAUAAGAGAACAAAACACAUCGACAUACGCUACCAUUUUGUGCGUGAGAAGGUGGAAUCAGGUGAAGUCGUUUUGGAGUAUUGCCCGACUCAAGAUAUGCUGGCAGACAUGAUGACCAAGCCGAUCGCCGCUGUACAAUUUGAAAACAUUCGCGAUCGACUUGUGUUGACGGUCAUCGGUUUUCUACCAGUAUUGGUAACCGUGACCGAUCCAAUCCGAACCGCCUGUUCAGCUUAG